AUGCUGAAAGAGUUCCGCGAGUGGAUCCGGCUCAAAAACUAUCAAUAUGAACUCACUUUUGGUCUAUACAUGUUGGAGGGCUGGGAAAAGACUACAUUCAGUAAAUACCGUGGUAUUCCUACUCUUAAGCCUGGUAAUCUACUCUGCCUAUUCGCAGCUGCCUCAUUACACCUCGGUGCUCGUCAAGAAGACUGUCUAUUACAUGAGUGGGGAUACGCUAUAAAAUCAGAUACAUACAUUCGUAUUCUUGGCAUGAAGGAGGAAGAGUAA